CUCUCGGCCGCCCGUUGUCGCACAGCCGGCUCCCGCUGGGGAUGGACUCCCCCGAGCCCGGGCCGGUAGACCUGGACGAGGCGUCGCGGCUCCGCUCGCUCUUCGUGGCUUGCGACGUGAACGGCUCGGGCCGGAUCGAGCGCGACGAUUUCGGCGCCUUGUGUGCCGAGCUGCGGCUCUCGCCCGCGGAGGCCGAGGCGAUCUUCCAGCGCCUGGACACCGACCGGGACGGCGCCAUCACUUUCCAGGAGUUCGCGCGCGGUUUCCGCGGGGAGCCCGCUCCAGAAGCGGCUGCCGUCUCCUCAGCGGCGGCCGUNGCGCCGUCGGGGACACCCGCGGUGGAACCGGGCCGGGCUUGGAGGGAGUUUGAGGCUCGGCUCGGCGAGGAGGCCGGCUACAUCCCCAGGCAAGAACAGGUCAGCACUCUGUAUCAGAACAUCAAUAUAGUGGAACCACGAUUAAUUCAGCCUUAUGAACAUGUUAUUAAAAACUUUAUUCGUGAGAUCAAGCUUCAGAGUACAGAGAUGGAAAACUUAGCCAUAGCUGUAAAAAGAGCACAAGAUAAAGCAGCAAUGCAGCUUGGUGAACUAGAAGAGGAGAUGGACCAACGUAUACAAGCUGCAGAGCAUAAAAUAAAAAAGGAGGAAAAACAGAAAGCAGAAGAAGCUCUCAAUGAUCUCAAGCGCCAGUAUGAAGCAGAAGUUGGAGAUCUUCAAGUGACUAUAAAAAAAUUAAAAAUGCUUGAAGAACAAUCCAAAAGCAUUAAUCACAAAGAAGAUUUAGUGGCAAUGAAGAUGAAGAUUCAUGAGCUGACCUUGGAAAACCAGAAACUUAAAAAAGAACUUAUGGAAGCACAGACAAAUAUAGCUUUCCUUCAGAGUGAAUUAGAUACCUUGAAAAGUGAUAUUGCCGAUCAAAGUUUGAGUUCAGAAAGAGACCUAGACAUGAUCAGAGGAUACACAGAAGACAGAGAUAGCUUGGAAAGGCAAAUAGCAAUGCUACAAUCAGCUAACAGGAAACUUCAUGACAGCAAUGAUGGUUUAAGAAGUGCACUAGAGAACAGCUGGAGCAUAUACAACAGAUCACUGCGUCUAACAAAUAUUUCUCCAGGGAAUACACUUUCCAGAAGCAGUCCUAAGCUUAGUGGGGGCCAGUCUCUCCAGAAUCUUCAGUAUGACAGGUCAUCACAUUCGUUGUAUUUUGAUGAAGACGAUUCUCUAGCACUUUGUGAUCCUAUGCAAAGGGCCAAUUGUGAGGUUGACAGCCUGCCUGAAAGUUGCUUUGACAGUGGCCUGUCUACACUGAGAGAUUCAAAUGAAUACGAUUCAGAAGUCGAAUCAAAGCAUCAAAAGAUUUCUCGAAAGUCACGGUGUCCACAGGAAAGCUUAACAGGCGACGCUUCUGAUACAGACGUCCCUGAUAUCCGAGAUGAAGAAGUGUAUAGUCCUGAUGAAGCCAGUACAGUGUUGGACUGGAAACCCACCCACCCAGUCAGCCGAAGCAGCUCUGGAGCUUCAACAAGGAAAUGCAUCCCAGUCAUGUCUCCCCAGUCAGACUCCACAGAUUCUAACUCCAGAUACCCAAGCUCAGAAAAGGCAUACAAGAUAGUCCUUGCUGGGGAUGCAGCAGUUGGAAAAUCCAGCUUCCUUAUGAGACUUUGUAAAAAUGAAUUUCGGGGGAACACCAGCGCAACUCUAGGGGUUGACUUUCAAAUGAAGAGGCUUAUUGUUGAUGGGGAACCAACAGUGCUACAACUGUGGGACACAGCAGGUCAAGAGCGAUUUCGCAGUAUUGCUAAAUCAUAUUUCAGAAGAGCGGAUGGAGUGCUUCUGCUGUAUGAUGUUACCUGUGAGAAAAGUUUCCUAAAUGUACGAGAGUGGGUGGAUAUGAUUGCGGAUGCAACACAUGAAAACAUCCCCAUCAUGAUGGUGGGAAACAAAUCAGAUCUCCGCCAAGUGGUUUCUGAGCAAGGACAGAAAUGUGUACCAACAAGCUAUGGAGAGAAACUGGCUAUGGCUUACAGUGCUCUGUUCUGUGAAACAAGUGCUAAAGAUGGCUCUAAUAUUGUGGAGGCGGUACUUCACCUUGCUCGAGAAGUCCGAAAAAGAAGUGACAGCAGAGAUGAUGACAAGUCAGUCACUAAUCUGUCAGGGACAACGCUUAAAAAGUCUGCAUUCACAAAAAAUUGCUGCAGCAUUUAGAAAUCAAGUGCUCAUUGGUUCUAAAGAAAGAGACUUCCCUCUGCUUUAAAAAAAAUAAAGGAUUUUGGCAUAUAUUAUGCAGGACUGUUGGUGGCGGGAAUGAUGGGAACCCUUACUCCACAGCCAUCUUCACUGCUCUCUAUGUUCAACAGCAAAUUCUAAACUAUUGAGCAAAACCAAGCCAGGGAGUACAACGUCCUUGGGCCUGCAGCAGCAUCAGUCAUUCGUGCAUGUUGGUUCCUGAAGAAAAGGCUUCGCCACCUCAAAUCACAUGUGCUUUUUAAAAGCCAACCUGCCUGGUGAAGAUUUAAAUAAGGCAUACUUUGUCCUAUGAGUAUACAUGUAAAUAUUACACUUUGUAACACAGAAGCACCAUAGACCAUUUUUCUGGCUUGCAAAAUGGAAAACAUUAGCUGCUGUUCCUGAAAUUUCAUCCCCAACCUGAAACCAGCAUCAUGCUUGUUUUGAAAGAAUUGAGGACUUCUGAGCUUCUUCAUGAAAAACACUGGAACUAGAUGUCUGCUGGUAAGGUUAACUGUGGACAAUAUUUGAGAUUUUGCUCAUGUUCGGCCUCCUACAUUAAUGGGCUGGAUUCAUAAUUAGUCAUACAGGAGACCCAUCAAAAUCAAAGGGACUUACAUUAGUAAUGGCAAAAUUAAGUCCCAUGGAUUACGGUGAUUCGCUUGGGAAACAAUUAGUCUGAAGUGUUAUUAUUCUCUGUGUUGUAAAUGUGCGUCCUCCUGAUUAUCUUUAUGAGAAAUAUUUUGAAGUCACAUAAGUAUUCAUUGAAAUUCUGGUGGCACACAGGUGCUGCAGUUUGUGCAGUGUUUGUGACACUGUUGCUUUAUUCUGAUGAUGUUGAAAAAUGGAUGUCGAAGUUGCUAGUUCCUGGUUCAUGGCAACAGAUGUGGACCAAAGAAUGAAAGCAUAUUGGCUGAGAAUGAAAAGCUUGGGAUUUUUAAUAUAUGUUUUAAAUUUAUAUGUGCUUUAUUAUAUUUCUAAAUUUGUAU